AUGCAGGUCGUCGACGCCGCCCACAGCUCUGGGCAGACAGUGAACCACGCCUGCUGCGUCGGUGGCACCUGGUACGUCGAGGCCAUACCAGAGGAGUUUGAGGCGACACUAGGAUGCGAUAUGGCAAAGGACGUCAUUACCUGCGAGGUCCCGUUGGGAUCGGUGCUAUUCCUGAACAACCUGAUCCCUCACCGCAGCCUGCCGAACCUCUCCGACGGCAUCCGCUGGUCCCUGGACCUGCGCUGGCAGCGUGGCGGCGAGCCGAACGGCUUCAGCGGCAUCAAGGAGUCCGUCCUCAUGAAGCGGCCCGGCGACAUGGGAAGCUACCGCGCCGACGUCGACUGGGGUGACUGGGCGUCCACCCCUCUCUUGGAAGCGGCGAAGGAGAACCGGAGCCUGAGCGAGGAGCAGCGUGCCUCUGUCGAGGCGGUGGGCAGGGCUGAGGGUCGGUUCGAUUCCGACCCGGCGCUGGACACGACCAUAGUCGGACCGUGGAUGCACCGCUGGGGGAAGGUGCUCCACCACAAUCGGCACACAGAGGCGGCGGAGGCGGCGAUGCGCUAG